UGUUUCAAUUCUUUCCGCUAGUAUAAUUUGCAAUUUAAAUUCGCGACGUCUAAACCUCGGAAGAAAACCUUGUCAGAAAAACAACUAUAAAUCAUAAAUACUGUGCCGAGAUUCUAUUAAAUAUCAUACAAACAAGAUGUUAUACUUAGAGGACUACCUUGAAAUGAUCGAAAAUCUCCCAAUGGAGAUGAGGGAGCGGCUGACAGAAAUGAGAGAGAUGGAUCUCCAAGUGCAAAAUGCACUAGAUGGCCUGGAUGAGAGAGUGUCCUCAUUUUUCAAGAAGUGCAACCAGCCCAAUGUUAAAUCAGACUGGCGAGAAGAACAAUUUGGAAAAAUUAAAAAAGAUUAUUACAAAACAUUAGAGGAUGCAGAUGAAAAAGUACAGUUAGCAAACCACGUUUAUGAUUUAGUAGACAGACACCUGCGGAAACUUGACCAGGAGUUGUCUAAGUUCAAAAUGGAGUUGGAGGCAGAUAAUGCUGGCAUUACAGAGGUUCUGGAGAAAAGAUCACUAGAAAUGGACAAGCCACCUGCCCAGAAUCACAGGGUAGAAAAAAGGAAACUUCCUAUGUCCGUUCCCCCUGUACAACAAGAGAAGAGACUCACCACAGAAAAAGUCCUGUCCUCACUCGCCAAUGAAAUCGCUCGAGACUCGUUUGGACCGGUCCGAAAAUCUCAGUCAGCCUCCAGUUCGCCAAAUUUGGCCAUGUUUAAUUCCGUAACCCCUACCUCAAAUCUGGCGUACAAAGUUGGUGUUUCAGCCCAUCUAGGCACAGGUAGCAAUGCAGCCAUCCAGGCUGCUGCCUCUCAAGCUAUAGCAGCGACGCAGCAAGUGAUGCAGUCUCAGGGCAGACGUACACCAAGCAUGAAGGCGAGCUACGUCGCCAUGACGAAGGGCGCCAGCAGCACGGACCUCAGUAGCAAGGACUACAUCAAGCAGGACUUCAUGUACACGUCCCAGCCCUCCACCCCCUCUGUGUCCGCCCAGGACAGCGCCCAGGGACGCUCUCAGAGGCAGAAGAAGUACGGGCAUACCUCCAAGGCAGCUGCACUCCUACAGGCACAACAGACUCAGCAUUCAAAACAAAAUGUGACUGUGAUGUCGGCACUGUCCCAGCAGCUGACAGCUGUUGACACAACACCGACGCCGGCAGUAGAGCCGACCAACGAGCUGCAGAUUGUUGAUGAGAACGGGGAGACAGUAAACUGGCAAGACGACCCCAAUGAACCCCGAUACUGCCUGUGCAAUCAGGUGUCUUAUGGCGAAAUGGUCGGAUGUGAUAAUGAUGAUUGCCCGAUAGAGUGGUUCCACUACGGGUGUGUGGGUCUGAGCCAGGCGCCCAAGGGCAAGUGGUACUGUCCCCAGUGCACCGCUGCCAUGAAGAGACGUGGGCGCAGAUAGCAGGCAGUACCUCACUCCGCUACACACCACUCGUAUUGACAUUUGACAUUCUGAAUUGGAAAUAUUAAUAAUAAUAAUAAAUUGCCUUGUAUUUUUUGUUAGCUAUGUAACUUCUCAUGGGAAAAUGGUAACAAAACAACAUGUUAUAUACUGAUCGAGACAUGAGCAAUUUUGAUAAUAAAAUAUAUAUACUUUU